AAGUGAUAACAGUGUCCAGAAGGCAGCAGUAGAUGGUACAGGGAAGGCGCCAUUACGCUAGCACGCGGGCUACACUGCGUUUAAAGUUAGUAGCCCUCCGACGGAGGCCGGUUGAAGGCACAGCGGAUGGAGUAUUCGUCGGCAGACCAGUUGUGGUGGUGCGGCGGGGGGCCGUGUCGACAGAGAAUCCAAGCCAGAUGGCGAAAGAGGUAGUACAGAGAGAUGAUGAUGAUCCCCCGAGGGAGGGGAGGGAGGUUGUUGAGGAAGAACCAGUGGCCCAGCUCAAGAAGGAGCCCAAGAAGACAGGAAAGGCGAAGAGGAAAAGUAGUGCCAAGAAGUCAGGGGAGCAGGGCACUGAUACGGAUGCAGGAUUGAGGAAUAAACACCCGGACAGAGGAUCUGUUAUUGAGCUCUUGGAGAAGAAUGCUCUUAAGGCUGCAUUCGGCCCAGGCAACAAAGAUGAGAUGGAGGACUGCUACCCAAUCCUCAUCUCAUUCAUGCGCAAUCUUACUGAUGAGCAAUGGCAAGUGAUCUAUAAAGGAUUUAAAAAACCUAUGACAAAGGAACAGCUUGCAAAAUUGUGCAAGACCAUUGUCAACUUCAUUGCACAGACCACCCUGCAGAUCCUGCUGCCGGCCCUGGCCCGCAUUCUAGGGGUGACGGGCUUUUAUGACAACUCUGACUCACUCAAGAGGGGUGGCAGUGCAAGAUCCUUCACUGCCUUUGAGCAAAAAAUACUGGAGCUCAUCCAGGAAGUUAAAUAUUUGGCGAAGUAACUGUGGCGGCAGGGCUCUCCGACCAAGGUCUAGCACACCCUCUUCCAAGAGUUCCCAGACCUCACUGAAAGUCCACCUGGGAAUGCCAGAGGACAGUAUCAUCAGCAGUGUCCAGGAGCAACUGUCAAAAUCUGACCAAAUGGUGGCUGCAGGACAGCUUUCACAAAUAGAUAAAGUGGUUGGAACUAUGCUGGAGAACAUUGAGAAGAUAAGCAGCGAAUGUGGCGAGGAAUUGGUCUAUCAAGAGUCACUGCGGUCUUCCUCCUCAUUGUCAUUCUCAACUGCCAAAUCACAGAAGACAGAGUGGGAAUUUGCACUCCCAUUCCUUCUGAGUUACCCGAGAGUACUGCUCAGCCCAUUGUAAGAUGCUCAGUCAUUGACAUGAGCGAAUCUACUAAGCCAA